AUGCUUCGUAGGCUUAAAAAGGAUACCGUGAAGAAUAUCCCCCCCAUGACUGAAAUAUUGGUUCCUGUUGAGUUGUUAUCUAUUCAGGUGGAAUACUAUCAUACAUUGCUUACAAAGAACUAUCAGAUAUUACGCUAUGUGGGGAAAGGGGAAUUAGUGAAAUCAAUGUUAAAUGUUGUGGCACAGUUAAGGAAUGUUUGCAACCAUCCUUACCUCAUACCAGGCACUGAGCCUGAUUCUGGAUCAGUGGAAUUCUUUCAUGAAAUGCAGAUAAAAGGCUUUAGCAAAACUCACUCUGCUGCAUUCUAUGCUUAA